AGUGAGCGAGCAGAGAGAGGUAGAGGGAGCUGCGCUGGGACCAUCUGACUCGCUUGCCUUUGAUUCGUUGCAUUCUCUGUAAUUGGAUCAAGUGCAGACUUGCCUAGCUCCGCUGCUCACGUUCUGUUCAGAGCGCAGAGUGGGAGCGGCUGAAGAGGGAAUAUACUAUAGGGGGAGAGAGAAAGAUUAAAAGAUAGCAUGAGAGAAAAAAAGGAGAAAGAGGGAGAAAGAAUACCCACGUGUGUAUGAAUAAGAAAACAAGGAAGAGAGCCAGAAGAGGAGGGGCAAAAGAGAGAGAGAAAGAGAGAGAGAGAGAGAGAGAGGAGAGAAGAGGCGUGCGCAAUUCCUCACUCAUCCAUCCUUCUAUGUUGCGUAGCGAGGUGUGCGCCGUGCUAACAAGCAGUUCCUGCUCUUAUUCCCGCUGCCAGCACAUGGAGAGGAUGGGCACCUGCAGUUCCUGGAUGAUUGAACUCCUCCCAAUACCCACUGCCAGAGCAUGACAAGAAGGCUCUCCUUUUGGCUGAACUCCCGCACAACCACUGCAAUCCUCUUCUGCCCUUAGGUACUCGCCGUCCUCCUAUUCGCUCUUGCUAAGCCACGCUGCACCAAAGACCCAAGAGAGGGAUCCACCCAGGUUGCCCUCACGCAUCUGCCUUCUGAGUCCACUAUUAUUUAUAGACUUUGUUUAGUGCUUUUGACCACAAGUUACCAAGUGUGAGGAUGCCGUGAGAGUGAAGCCAGGAGCGAAAGGAGUCCUUUCUGUGACGGAAGUCGGAGCUGCUUCCCGGAUGCUAACAAGGUUAUUCUGUUGCUACUGAAGGCCAUCUCUGCUCUCUCACUCCCUUCCCCCUCCUGCAUGAACCGAUAAUGGACAACACACUUUAUGAGCCACAAUGCAUGAUGUUGAGAUCGCCAGCACUAAUCCUUUAUAAGUAAGGCUCUAAGCUAGGAGCCCGGCUUUUGGAGAGUGACCUUUGAUUGAGACGAGGAGAAAAGAACAGAGGACGAACAAAAGAAGAGACGAACUGAAAGUGAUGGAGACUGCUGGAGUGGACGAUUCCUCUGAGCGAUGUGGUGCACCUGAGAGUGCUGCAUCUCCUAUGGAUCCCUCCUCCCAAGAUCUUUCAGAAGCCGGUCCUGAAGGGGCUCUCGAAGAAGUGAAGCUGGAGGAGGAUAAGCUUGAAGAAGAGGCAGAGGUAGUAGAAGAGGAGAAUGAGGAGCAACACAGACUAUUGGGAUGCCUAGGGUUGGCAGCUGCUUCCUGCUGUGUCUGCAUGGAGCUGGAACAAGUUCGUAACUGUGUGCGUUCAGAAAAGAUCUGCAUCUUACCUAUCCUUGCAUGUUUGCUGAGCUUAGCACUUUGCACUGCUGGCUUGAAGUGGGUAUUUGUGGACAAAAUCUUUGAGUAUGAGCCCCCUACUCACUUGGAUCCCAAACCUAUUGGCCAGGACCCUAUCAUUAUAGAUGCGGACCCCACGAUGGGUCUGCCUGUGUCGUUCUCACGCCCCACCUCAACUCAAACCCAUCUGCCAGCCACCGUUUCUAAAAUCCCUGCACGCCCUGAGGUGUUUGUAGAGGAUGAUUCCACGGCAGGUCCUUUCGCACCCGCCUCACCCAAGGUGAACAACUUUUUGCCCACCUCAAGAGUGACUACUCGAUUAAACCCAGCCUCUCAGCCCACCCACAGAAUCACAGCAGAACCUGGCAGGAACAACACACCAAGCCAACAUGAAUCUAACAACAUAGUAACUAAAACAUCUCCAAGCAGCACCACGACGUCAGCCAAGACGUCGAGUCAUAUGACACGUUGUAAAGAAGAGGAGAAGAGCUACUGCGUAAAUGGGGGAGAGUGCUUAACUGUGAACCUCACACCCAACACCACCAAAUACCUCUGCAGGUGCCCAAAUGAGUUUACUGGUGAUCGCUGCCAAAACUACGUAAUGGCCAGCUUCUACAAACAUCAUGGGAUUGAAUUUAUGGAAGCUGAGGAGCUGUAUCAGAAACGCAUAUUAACAAUAACAGGCAUCUGCAUUGCUCUCCUAGUUGUUGGCAUCAUGUGUGUGGUGGCCUACUGCAAAACCAAGAAACAGAGGCAAAAGCUGCAUGAUCGCUUGCGGCAGAGUUUACGAAAGCGCAAUGCCAUGGCUGAUAUAAGCAAUGGCUCACAGUAUCCCCAAAACCACCAUCAACCACCGCAAAGUCUGCAGCUUGUUAAUCAGUAUGAACUGAAGAACACAGCCCCUGCUCAGCACGUGAUCGAGAAGGAAACAGAAACAUCGUUUACCUUGAACCAGUACACAUCACCGAGUCAGCCUUCUGCCGCCAUCACCGCUAGCCUCAGCCAAGGUUGGAGUAAUAAAAAGCCAGACAGUGCGGUGUCUGACACUCAUGCGAUCUCCGGGGUACAAAACGGCCGGACUGGCACUCCGAGUCAGCGUGGGCGUCUAAAUGCCACUGGAGGAGGCCGAGAUGUCAUUAAAAACUCCAAAGAAACAACAGAUUCCUAUAAAGACUCUCCUUAUAGCGAGAGGUAUGUUUCGACCGUGACAACCCCGACACGCCUCUCACCUGUGAAGUUGCUUUCCCCAGCAACACCCUCCUCUCCUCCCUCUGAAAUGUCAGCACCUCUCCCCAGCCUGGCAACCUCUAUUCCUUCCAUGGCAACAAGUCCAUCAGGUGAGGAAGAACGCCCUUUGUUGUUCCUCACGCCCCCACGGCUCAGAGAGAAACCGGAGCCUAGCCGAGCACAGCAGCUCCGCAACUCGGCUCACUAUAACCAUGGCCUGGACGAGAUGAGCCCUCCACCCAGCCCUCUGCACAUCCAGGAGGACGAGCAGCAUGAAAGCAUGCAGGAAGACAACUCGGUACCCUGUGCCCCACCCACAUCUGCCCCUCACAGCCCCACGGCCAUGCACAAUUCUAAAAGAACAGAAGAUCAGAACAGUCAGGAUGAGCAGAGUGUAAGCAGCUCUGAAAGCAGCAGCUCAGAGAGCGAGGCAGAGGAAGAGCACCUGGUGGCCGAGAACACACCGUUCCUCAUACAGAACGCUGGGGUCGCAGGCAUGGCUAUGCUGGGGUUGGAGCUGGUAGAAAGCAGCAGGACUAACGCCGCACUGCGCCUCUCCCCACAAGACGAUCUACAAAGCAGAUUAGCCAGUGUAAUGGCUAACCAAGACCCGAUUGCUGUCUAAAAGUGAACAUACACUAGAAAAAAAAAAAAAAUUAAAAGGAUAAUUGUAAAAUACUAAGAG